GUAGUGGAGGGUGGUUGUGGUCAGGGGAAUGUUGCUCACUCCCGCGGCACUUCCACAGAAGAUAUCGAUUUUUGUUUAGAGCGCAAGACUGUAUUCAACUUCGACUGUAAUAUCUCCUCGUGUAUUUAUCGGCAAGUACAGGAACAUAUUUCCAUCUAGCUGAUGCGAACUUUAUUGGUUUAUGAAAUAAUCAAGGUUAAAAUCUGGAUCGUGAACUGCUCCCGUAAAAUUUUCCAGGGUAUACAAGCGACUUUAAAUAUCACGGCAUCAGGUGGCUUGAAGCUGCGUUGUGCUGAACAGCACCGCAUCACGUGGUGGAGUCUGUACCAUUUUAAUCUGCCUUCCUCUACCUACAGACAACACUUAACUGUAUUGAAAAACACACAUGAUCGUGGCCUAAACACUGUGCCCUGUCUUUUGAAUAGUUUUUAAAUGAAAUGCUGUGAUUCUUGGCUGGAAAAACGAGUACCUGCCAACUCAGAGAUGCCAAAACAUGAUAUGCCAACUUUUUUACUGCGUACUUGGCCUGUUUGUAGAAAACAAUUUUCAUGCUAGAUGUACUUUGCCUAACUUUAUCCUCUUGAGUCUUUCAUGUGUGUGCUCCAAUGACUCCUGUUGGUUGAUGUGAAGUAGUUUAUUCGGAAAAUAAUACUCAAUUCUUGAAGUGGACAUCAUUCGACCAGAUCUCUUCGGCGAGACAGAGCUGCUGUUCCCGAUUUUUCCCAUCGGAUUGCCAUCGCAUUGGACAGCACAAUGGAGGCCGAGCGUUUUCUGCUCAAGUGGAACAACCACCAGAGCAACCUGGUGACCGUGUUUGAUCAGCUUUACGAACAGGAGGCCUUCACUGACGUCACUCUGGCUUGCGAUGGAAAGUCAUUCGCGGCUCACAAAGUCAUUUUGUCGGCGUGUAGCCCGUACUUCCAGUCCCUUUUUCUGGCAAAUCCAAACACCCAUCCAAUCGUGUUCAUGCGCGAUGUUCGUGGUUCGGAUUUAGAGUCUUUACUGGCCUUUAUGUACCGGGGCGAAAUCAACGUUCAUCAGCAAGAUCUCGCUUCCUUCUUAAAAACUGCAGAAAGUCUACAGAUCAAAGGACUCUCUGACUGUUCUGAAAGACAAAGGGACUCUUGCAAGAUUCUUGAAGCUAUGGAGAAGAAAUUUAAUACGGCCCCCAACCACAACAAUAAUAUAAACACCAACAACAACAACAACCACAAUGCUAAUCAUAUUAUCAGUAAUUCCUUUAACAACCACUCACCAUCUUCCAACUGCUCAUCAGCUGCGCCGUCUCCCACGUCAAAUUCCUGCCACAGCGGCCUGGGACCCGCAGCCAACGCUUUUGCUGGAAUCAGAAACCUUCCGCCCAGGGUUUCCAGCGCCCUCAGCACUCUCAGCAGCUUGCAUCUCGGCAACAGCAUCAACGGAGGCCUUGCAGGAGCCUAUGGAAACUUAGGAGCAGGGUUACCAGUCCUUGCAGCCGCCGCUGCUGCCGGUAACGGAUACCCAGAAAACCUUUCCACUAACUCCAAGCCUGGGAGCCAAAGCCCUCCCGCCAAACGCAACAGAUCUUAUGAAGACCUGCCACGAAUACUGCCGAAAGUACGUAGUUCCUUGACGAGUCCUCCGUCUCUCAUGUCCAAUAUUCCUGGCCUCCUAACGCCCAUCUCGCUGGCUGCCGCCGCCGUCAAUUCCGUUGUCACUCAGCCUCAGGUGCCAAUUCUUGCCAACACCCCGACGUCCGUCCAUGCCAGCCCUCCCACUCCAGAGACUUCGAGUUCUUCGCCGGCCACUGAUUCUGCUACGCCCACCAAGGAUAAAAUUAAGAAGGAGUUGUCGUACCACCUGAACCACUCGGACGCAUCCCAGCACUCGCCCUACCUGAACAGCCUCGCAGCAACUGGCGUUGGCGGAUCAGGAUCGUCCACACCGUCGCUGGACGUGAAGGAAGAAGAAACCGAUCACUACGAAGAAUCAGCCUGUCUCAGUGACGAGCACGUCAACAUCAGCGACGAGGGCGUCCACUUGGGCGUGUACUCAGACGACUCUCUCUCGGCGAACCGUGAGCGUCACUCGUACCCGUGCCGCUACUGCGGCAAACGUUUCACCCAGACUGGUACGUGCAGAAGACACGAGCGCCUGCACACGGCACCUAACGGCUUCAAGUGCCCCUUCUGUCAAAAAGGUUUCAACCGCAAAUACCGCCUCAAGGAGCACAUCAUCAGCUCGCACCCCAACAACGUCGAGGAGUCGGAAAUUUCAAUGAUCGUCAACAGUGCGGCGAGUGGCAUAGCAUGAGAUUUAGGGGCCAUGGGUAGUGGAAGGCCUCAAACGACGACGCGCGCCCUCGGUAUUGGCAACGAGGGACGCAACGCAGACGGCGGUCGUCCAAAUAAGGCCUCAAGCGCGAAGGAAAGAAUCGGUAGAGUAAGCCUCCUCUCCAUGGCUUCACUGCUGAACGGUUUCAGGAGCGCCAGUUCGGCGUCUCUUGGACACCAACUCAAUUUUUCCUUGCUCAGUGAUAACUUGCUUCCCAAGAUCAACUUGGAGCACGCGCUCUCUACCCAUGACUAACCCCUUAUCAGUCUCUCGAUGACAUCAUGUUUGCCACUUAUAUCAAAGACUCUUUUACUGGAUGCAUGGAAUAUAUAAGAACUUCCUGCGAUCCGGCGGGUAUCGCGUGCGUAGUUCGCGGUCACGUCCACCAAUAAAGACAUCACAGGUCGCAGACCCAAAGACAAACCAAAGUUUUGUACUUAUACUGAGAGCAACGUGUUCGUUAGCGCUCAAGUUCUAGAGCUCAUCUCCUUAAAUUCGGCAUAUUUUCUGAUGUUUAUCUUGUUUGCUAUGUUUCUAUGCGUCUUUGUUUCAUAAUUUAUUGUUCUUGUUCUGUUGUUUUAGCAAUGAAUGCUCAACCAUCUUACACCCUUCACGUUGCAACAACAUUGUCGAAGACAAUAUUGGAUCAGGAAAUACCUGAACCUUGUGAAUGACAGGUGUACAGCGUGAACCUGUACUUAAAGCUUUUGAGGAGCAUUUGCAUUCGCUAUUUCAUUAUUUUAUUUCCUUUUGAAUUGCAAUAUUAGUCUUUAAGUUUUGUUUUCUGGCUUGUUUAUAUGAGAAACAAUUGCCUCGUGUUGUAUAUUGUAUUUAUUUUUAAUCUAUUUCCGACAGCAUCGGGAAAGUGCAGGUGUGAACCCAGAGUGUACCAUCCACAAUACAGGAUUCGAGGAUCAAGGGUUUUAAGGUUGCGAUAACAGGUCGAGAGAACGAACAGUAACUGAGGGUACGAACAAAGAUAGAGGGCAAUAUUCAGGAUGUGGGGUCUUCUGAGAAGAAAAAAAUAAUGGCAUUCUUUGUCCCAAAAGAGAUUCAAGGUCCCCACUAUACUGAUCUAAGUUUUUUCAAAAUUAUGCCCUAACAAUAAAUUGAUUGAUAAUGAGUCAUGCUUAGGGUAAUAUUUGGCCCUUCUUCAAGGAGGAUAAGCGUGAAUGCGUGUUAAUUUUAUUAAAAAAAUUAAUACCAAUAUGAACUGUCCAUCUUUGUAAGUUUCAGCUUUAUUUCCGAGGCCUGGCUUAACUGAUGUAACUCUUCUAGCAGAUGAGUAUUAGGACUCUAUUUACCUUGAAAUUAGUGAGGGUUUGAAUUUAGUUCUAACUAUUACAAAUGUAAUUCUUGAAAGGGACGUGAUGAUGUGGGCAAGAUGGUCACGAUGCUGUCGGAUUAAAGUCUCGCACAGGCACCCAACGUACGCGCACCAUCGUAUUAUUAGCUCUUUACACUCAUGCUGCUCUUGAGGGACGAUUUACCGAUGCUACCCUUCACUUGCCACGUGUAAUGGUCCUUGUGAAAUUUCAUUGUCUAACGAGUGAUACGUUACUAGACCAACAUACAUCCAUCUAAUUUUAUACCUGAACCGCGACUGUUGAUAUUCGUCUGCACGUUAAACAUCUUGAAGAUAUUCAGCAUAUCCGUCAGUGCAGCAUUCAAAUUAAUUGUAAAUCGUAUCGUUCAUUCUCCUUAUGUCGCAUUUUUUCACUCAUUUUCCAAAUGUGGGUAAUAUACCAAAAUUUUCCUUAGGAUUCUCUCGCCAUUUAUUUUGUACAGGAAUCGUCUUCUAUACUCCGUUGAUCAUCCACAGCGUAUACAAUAGCGCUUCGAAUACCCUCCACUUUUAUAAUAUAUAAUAACAUUUACAUGGCAAGUAAAGUAACGAUUAAGUAAACCGUCUCCAAGAGCAGCUUGAUUCGUCACUGCACGCAUGCAAUCUAAGUCACUUAUCUUUAGUUAUUGAUCUUACCGAGCUAUGGUACUUACCUAAGACUUAGUUUCUUCUAUAGGCAAGACUCUUGAAGUUGUGGCCUCAGCUCUCGUAGUUGAAGCCCUGACUCGUCAGGAGCAAGGGACACAUGACCAGUACAUUAAUAAGAUCGCUCUCUUCUCCAAUAUUAUGGUAUGUAUAAGAUUAAGUAAUAGGACAUUUCUGCUGUGCAAUCGUUUUAAAAACGUUCCGUAAAUUUGUUAGUGCGCUUCAUAAGAAGCGUAUAGUGGAUCGCGAAGCAUUUCGUCCGAAACUUAGCAUUCGCGUGAAGUCACGGAGUUAAUAAGACGGAUUCAAGACUGCAUUCUCAAAAAUCCCAACUACGAUCGUAGGUAUCAUGACGAUCAUUUGAUUCCCUGCAAUUCUGAAUUACAAUGUCGCCUGUAAAAUUCUUUGACCACUGUAAAAGUUGUACCUAUAUCCACCAUUUCCAAGUUGUACGAAUUCACGGCUAUUUGCGAGGUCUUAAUUGUUUUUUGAGGAUGCAGACCUUAAAAUGACCGUAACGAAGACAAUAUUCCUUAUAAUUUCAGCAAGUAACAGUGUAAGUGUUUGCUAGGUUUAACCUCUCUUGAGGAACUAAUGAACCCUUUGCUCAGUGCAACACAUUCCUCUCAACUUAAGAACAACUUACCUUAGCUAUUUAGAUACUGUAAGUCUAGCAUUUGCUGUAACUCCUUCUAUGGAAUUAAGUCCCGCAAAGCCUGGAAAGACAUCCCUGUUAAAAUAAAGAAUAAGCGAUUUAUGUGCGCCUAGUAAAUGGCCGACGGUCGACCGGUGCUGAUACGGCAACAAUUUUCAGUAGGAACAAACGAUCAGUUUUUCUAAUAAACUGAUACCAUAGUUGGUGGUAUUCUAAAUUAUAGAAUAUACGGUUUUUUACAUUUAAAAGCAUUUGUCACUUUAAAGUAUUUGGAGUACAAGCUGCAGAUGAUAAACGUUUGGCAUGAUGACAUCUGAAACUUUCCUGUCUCUUCAGAACGAUUUUCCGGAUACCCUUGUCGAGCUUCUCGUGAAGGUCGUAAGUUUUCGCAGAACUUAAAUUCAUACGAUAGUCGUAAGUGAUGCGAUGAUCUUAUACAUUAUUUUCAGACCAAUGAUUGGCAAAAUUUUUCGAAAACCGGUUGGAGAUUGGCUAACUGAUUUACGACAUCGUAAUUUUUGAGUAUAUGACCCAAGGUCGAAGCCACUUCUUACUGUUAACCGAAUUUUUUGUCCUCAUGCAACCACUCAUACGCAACAUAUGUCAAUGAAGACAAGAUCUAAUCCUUGAGAAAUAGUAGAUAUGUCGACCUCAACGCCCGAACAAGCAUUGAAAAGACCAACAAAAAAUUGCUGUCAUUCGCUGCUAUGUUUCGUUUCGCCAAACGCAGUCUUCCAUGUCCUGGGACCGCGAGGUUCUCCAAGCGAUUCGAUUUUCCGUUUCCGAACAACUCCAGUUUAUUUGCGUUAACUUAAAGAAAUUCGGUGCGUAAUUGAUCACGCUUGUUUAUUAUGCAAUUUUUCGAGUAUGAAAAAUGUUUUAAAUGUCUAAAAAGAUCUGUCUUGUAGGCUAAUUUAGAAAUAUUAUUUGAAGUGAGGAUUUAAAAAAUAACUACAAAAACUGUAACGCUUCCAGGAAUCAAUGUUCUGCUAGAAAAGAGUCUUCGUGAUGCGCUUGUCGAUUUCCGCCAAUAGGAAAAAAUUUUCCUCGUGAGCUUUCGAACUUCAACGUCUUCCUCCGCGUGUACAGUACAUGCGUUGCCAACAUUAUGAGAGAUCGGGCGCCUCUUUAUGAGAGCUUUACCAUGCCUUCAGGUACGAAUAGCAUUGAUUACGGUUAUUGCAUCAGUAGACAAAGGCUUAGCUUUCUGUCUGCUGACUGAACCGUCUUUACCGAGUAAAAAGAUUUAAGGGCUAAAAUGCGUGGCGUUUGCCUCUGAUUUUCUCUGUGUUGAUUGCCAACAGCUCGUGUCUUCUUGUCAGGGUCCAAUGAGGUAGCAUGGUUGUAAACCAAGUUGUAUAGUAUUUACAUUCUCUUCUGACUGAUACUGCACAUUCAGGAAUAAGUGUUCAAUGCUUAAUUCGAAUCGCUUUAGAUGACCGCCAAAGAUUCAUGUUCGCAGCUUAGGAGUGCGUAGAAAUCUAUUAGAGAUCGCGAGGCAGCGGCUGUGUUGAACUAAUUAUAGAGGCUGAAGAUAGUGCUCUUGUUAUAGCAGACUUUACAAUCUAUCGAACCUACCCAAUUGGUGACGUCAUUUGACAUGGAUAGUUCAAACUUUGUUCACAAUAAACUAUGGAUGGAAAUUUACAGUUCCAAGCUGUCAAAUUUCAUAAAGUCCAUGGAUUCAUGUUGUGAUACAACUCUACGAGGCGGACCUUGGUUCCAACAAUGUUAAAGAUUGUUAUAAUAAGAGCACUUUCCUUCAAAUGUUCAUGUCGGUAUUAAUAGCUCAAAAAAGACUUGUAUUUAAAGGCAUUACUUCACAUAAUUUCGGCCAAAUGUACAUCUAUAAACACAACCAAUUUCCGCUUGUGAUCUUGUCUGAGCCAAACUUUAACAAAUGCCUUGUGUGGAGACUUCCCACUUACCGUGCUACGUACUAGACAGCUAGAUGCGUAGUUAGAAUAUUUUUAUACCUCGUAGAUGUCGAUUAGAAAAUAUUAGGUGCAAAAAAGAAUUAACAAUAUAUUUUCAUACCGCACUGCAAGCAUGUAAUGUACUUAAACUAAGAGGUCACGACCUGGUAACUAAGGCCUCCCGAUCUCGUGGACCAGCAUCUCAGAAAUCAUACAACCUACUGGAGUUAUGUAUUGAUUGGAUAUUAAUUUUCCUCGUACCCCACAAUAGAACUUGAUGUUGAUCAAAUUAGCCCCUAUAGUAAGUUGCGAUCAUUGCAAUUUUGCUUUUAUUUCGAAUUUUUUUCACCUGACAUUUUAAGAUUGAGCAAAUGACAACAAAUAAUGUUGCGGCCUAACCUGUUACAUGAUAACUAAAUACUCUGGUUUCAAAUUAGUUAUUUCUACGACAAUACUGUUUUGGCUAUUUUUUAGAUUUUUAUAUGCAAAAUUAUUGUGCAGCGCAACUUGCGUUGCUUUAAAUAAUUUAAAGCCUAUAACCUCGGCUGACAUAAUUGUGCCGCACCUGAUUCUGCAAACUUAUUCAUUUCUUCUUCAAUUUCCUCUACUUAAGAAAACUUUCUCACCAUUUUACAAUUCUUCUAAGCAUAUUUACUUGUUCAUUACUACUCUUUUCCUCGCACCGUAGAAUGUUUCCCCUCUGCUAAGAACCAGUUCGAAAUUUAUCCCAUUAUGAAUUGUCAAUAAAUAAAUAAAAUCUAUUCAUUGAAUCAACAGCUAUAAUUUAACAUUGUCAUGUUCAAGUCGCAUGGUUCCGUAGUGGUAUCAUUGCAUUGGUUUGAUUUUAUAUUACAGCUUGCAGUCAAUUAAAAUUAUAAUCAUUUGUGACGUUCAGCAGUAGGGUUAAAAUAUAAUGGGCAAAAUGGAGCGGCAUCCACCAAACAACGGCAAGUCCUCUUCCCAAAACUGCAAUGUGUUGUCGGAAGCAAGCGUCCAGUGAUGUCCUCGCAGUCUAACUAACCUAGGAGUGCCAAGCAAGCGAUCCUUCCUUGACAAUUUUGUCAUUAUUUUGUGCUGCUACGAGCUUCCUUUCGAGGGCACAUGUAUGGUAAUGAUUUAUAUCAGAUAUGUGCAUGAUAAGAUAGUUAGCAUUGUAGUUUGGGUAUAAAUACUUCGAUACAUGCUAUAAAAACUCACAAAAGGCAGUAUGGUAUGUCAUUUUGAUUGGUUACAAUUUAUUAGUUGAUGUAUUAAUGACAUUUGAAAUUUUGUCGAAAAAACGAGCUGGUAUUAUCUAAUUAAUUUUAGGAACCAACUAUAAAAGCAUGGACUUUGAAAUUGCAACCAAUUCGACUGAGGGGAAACUCUGGUCACUUCAUUCCACUAAAGUAUAGACUUUUUGGCGAGACCACUUGCCGCUGUUGGCAUGCUUUGCCUCAAUGUACCUUAUAAAUGUGCAAUUAUAUUAGCCUUUGAAGCUCGACGAUAGCUUCAUGAUCGGUGCCUGUUUCCGUGCCACUUCAUAUAACCCUAAUUUAGAUACCAGGUGUAAACUUCUUCUUCUUCUUCUCUAAGGAAUAAGCUAACAACUUGUGCUAAAAUGUACUGUACUGAUGAUGGCUCAUCAGACCAUGUGAUCGCGUUUUGCUGUAAUCAGUUAAUUAUCGAACUCGAUGCUAAUUUUUUGGGUAAACCAAUUUGUUAUAAUUUAAUACAGAAGUUGUGUUUCAGUAAACUUAUUGAACGCUCGAUAGUUGAAUGCAUGGAAAACAGCGCGUUAAGAUUGAUAUUCCAGAAACUACACUCACGUUAUUUGUACUUUAAUUUGAACAACGUCCUACACUCGUAUUUGUUAAAAGUUUAUCAUUCUUUGAAUAGAUAAAAACCGUUCUUAACUUGCUCCUAACGGUACAAAAAUGCAAUGAAAAUGUUUGCCGCAGCUGGAAUUUUCUGUACGAAAAAUUUUGUAGUCGCAGUAUUCUAAUUUUUUUCAUGAUGUUGAAAGCAACAGAAUUCGGUUAGUAAUAAUGGGAGAAACCGUAGCCAUGUACUGUUUUAUUUAACAUGAGCGUUGAAGUCCCCGCAUAUUUUUGAACAUUCAUUUCUACUAGGUAGAUUAUUCCUCUUCUUUCGCUAAUCCUCCACUUGACACUCUAUCUUGCUUUUCCUGUCAGAAAAAUAAUAUGUUUUUAUUGAGCCUAUUUUAAUGGGCGUAAAGUAUAAUCUAUUUUCACGUUUUGUCCCAUUGUUUUAUGUAUGUUUUAGAUGUGUGAUCACCAAUGAUGAACCAAUUUCUCUGACGCGAAAGUCACUUUUGUAUGCAGUAAUAUGUAAUUGUAUCUCCUACAUUCCUUAAUUUGUAGAGUAGCUCUUACCGAAUAUUGCACCUCUUUGAGGGUUUCAGGUAAUUUCCUUGAAAUUCUUUGAAUAAAAUGUGCUUCCACC